GGUGACAUGAUCGACACUGCUGGAACGAUUGCAAAGGGGGCGGCACUUCUACACCAAGAGGGGGCAAGGGAAGUUUAUGCAUGCUGUACCCAUGCAGUUUUCAGUCCUCCAGCAAUAGAGAGGUUAUCAGGUGGACUAUUUCAAGAAGUAAUCAUAACAAACACCCUACCAGUAGCAGAGAAGAAUUACUUCCCUCAGCUGACCGUUCUUUCGGUUGAGAAUCUGCUGGGUGAAACCAUCUGGCCUGUUCACGAUGAUUGUUCCGUCAGUAGCAUUUUUCAGUGACAAAUCCCGAGGGUGUUUUUUUUUCUUCCAAAUUUAUGCA